AAUCCCACACACACUGUUGAUGAGGGAGCUUUAUAAACAAGACUUGCCUUCAACCUUACCUGCUCGAGGUGAGGGGUCAAUGAAACAACAAAGUAAGAAAGAAAGCUCGUGGAAAAGAAGAAAAAGCUAAGAAAAAAAAGCGUUAAAGAAAGCUGAUUACAUAAAGCAACACCUUUUUUUCUCUCUCUCUCUCUCUCUCUCUCUCUUCUCUUGUGCCAUCAUCAUUUCUCACCUUCUUUCUACGACUAAAGCUGAAACCCCACUAUUACAAACCUCAUCUGUUGUACUGCUUGUGGCAACUAAUCGCGUAAACUUCUCCUAACAUAUAGUCCUCAAAGCACUCGCACAAAAAUUCCACCCAUGUUAGACAACAGUGCUUCUUCUGGUGCUCCUUCUUCUUCUGAUGCUGCCUUUGCAUUAUCUGAAAAUGGGGUUCCUAACAAAAGAAAAAGAAGACCCGCAGGCACACCCGAUCCAGAUGCUGAGGUUGUGUCCCUCUCACCCACCACCUUGCUGGAAUCUGACAGAUACGUGUGUGAGAUCUGCAACCAAGGGUUUCAGAGGGACCAGAAUCUUCAAAUGCACAGGCGAAGGCACAAGGUGCCGUGGAAAUUACUCAAGAGGGAAACACAAGGGCAAAAGAAGAAGGUUUUUGUGUGUCCAGAACCAAGCUGUUUGCACCAUGACCCGUGCCAUGCCCUUGGAGACCUCGUGGGAAUUAAGAAGCACUUUAGAAGGAAGCACAGUAAUCAUAAGCAGUGGGUGUGUGACAAGUGCUCCAAAGGCUAUGCAGUUCAGUCUGAUUACAAAGCCCACAUCAAAACCUGUGGCACCAGAGGCCAUUCCUGUGACUGUGGCCGUGUCUUUUCCAGGGUGGAGAGUUUCAUAGAACAUCAAGAUGCAUGCAAUGUUCGGCAGCACCGGCCAGAGUUGCAAGCACUGCAACCUGCGUGCUCUUCUAGAACAGCUUCAAGUGCAAGUCCAUCUAGUGAGGCAAAUUUUAGUAUAGCCCCAACAUUGCAAGGAAUGCCACUGCCGAAACCAGCUGAUCAACAAGCUUCGUUAUUAACUUCAGAGAUACCCAACAAACAUAGCAUCUCUCAUAACUUAGAACUUCAACUCUUAUCUUCUUCAAUAAGUUCUCAAGAAAAGAGAAAUUCAAAGGAAAACUAUGAGACCCAUUUGAAGCUUUCAAUAGGUUCAUGUAGUAAUGACAAAGGGAGUGAAUCGGAGAGAGCAUGUUCAGAAACACAUAGGAGCCCGCCUGGUGCAGAAAGGAAUGUGAAUGAUUAUUCCACAUUGGAAGUGGCAAGGUUGAAAGAGUUUGCAGGUGAGGAGCUCAAGUUGGCCAUGGCAGAAAAAGCUUAUGCAGAAGAGGCUAGAAGAGAAGCUAAAAGACAAAUCGAGAUGGCUGAACUUGAGUUUGAGAAUGCGAAAAGUAUAAGGAAACAAGCACAAGCUGAGCUUUCCAAGGCGGAAGAUUUGAGAAAGCAAGCCAUCAAGAAGAUAAGCUCCACUGUUAUGGAAAUAACGUGUCAAACUUGCAAACAACACUUUCAGUCUUCAACUGCUGGGGGGUUUCCAUCAGAAGAAACCUCCAUUGUGAUGAGUUACAUGUCCUCAGCCACCACAGAAGGUGAAGCAGAAUGACAUACACUGUAACCAUUAUGUUAGCUUUUCAGUCAAAGAAAGAAAAAACCUUUAUUCUGCAUAAGGGAAAGAUGAUAUUGCGGGACAGUUUAUAAGAAGUUAUAUUGUUCUUUCUUAUUUUUUUUAUUUUUUUUUUGUUUCUUUCAUGUUUUCUUUUCUCUUGACUCAGUGAAAUUUGUAUUAUUUUAAAGAAAGUUCAUAUUCUUUAUUAUAAUAUUGUUGUCGAGAUGCAGCGUUUAGGAUUUGAGUCUGACAGCUGUUGAAGGUUUGUUCAAUAUUCAGUUGUAAUUUGUUUUGUUCAUCUGACAUAUUCAUCUGUUCAUUUGUCAUAUGAAAAAUUAUUCACGAUCAUGG